ACCUGAAAAGAGGUCAGAAAUUCUUGAGGGAGAGAGAAAGACUUGGAAUCGAAGCAAUAGGGGAUCUUCUUCGAUUACUUACUUAUCCAUAGAUUAUAUAUCGCCGCAUAUAAUCGAUCAAUGUUCAUCCACUUUCAAGGAAACCGAAUUCCCGACGCCCCAAUCAGCUAUCAUCACAAGCACCAUUGCUAAUUCUCCCGCCAAUACCUCGUUUGAUGAUUUAGAUAUUUGGUGGGUUUGCUUGCUGACGAAGAGGGUAGGCAAAUGACGAAGAAAAACAGCAGCUGUGCUGUUUGUGAAAACUCGAAUCUUGCUUCAAUUUGUAGCUGUUGUGUUAACUACAGGCUAAAUGAAUACAACUCUACAUUAAAAACACUCAAUAACCGCAGGGUUUUUCUUUACUCAAGAUUGAGUGAAAAUCUUGUGGCUAAGGGGAAAGCUGAUGAUCAACUUAACUGGAGAGUUCUUCAAAAUGAGAAGCUAGCAAAACUGCGAGAGCAGCUCAGAGUUAAAAAGGAACAACUUGCACAAGGGAGAAUCAAGAUCGAGAAAACAUCUAAUGAUAUAAAAUCCAAAUAUGAGUUAUUGGAAUCAGCUAUGAGUACGUUGGAAAGGACUCGCGUGGAACAACUAGAAAAGCACUAUCCUAACUUUAUUUGCACUCAGAACUUGGGGCUUAUGGCAAUCACUUCUGUACUUCUUCAUAGGCAAUCAGUGGUCAUAAAGCAGAUAUGCAAAUUGUUUCCACAACGUAGGGUGAUUUUAGAGGGAGAAAGAAAAGAUGGCUGUAAUGGGCAAUAUGAUCAAAUAUGCAAUGCAAGGCUACCAAGAGGACUUGAUCCCCAUUCAGUUCCAUCAGAGGAGCUAGCUUCCUCUUUAGGCUACAUGGUUCAACUUCUAAAUCUUGUGGUGCGCAAUAUUGCUGCUCCUGCUCUUCAUAACUCUGGUUUUGCUGGUUCCUGCUCUCGUAUAUGGCAAAGAGACUCAUAUUGGGACACCCGUCCAUCUUCUAGAAGCAAUGAAUACCCACUAUUUAUACCGAGGAAAAUAUUUUGUUCCACUGGCAAUGAAACUUCAUGGUCGGAUAAAAGCUCAAGUAACUUUGGCGUUGCUUCCAUGGAAUCAGAAAGGAGGGCACGUUUGGACUCCUCUGGUAGCAAUAAUAUCAAUUACACUUCUGCAUCAUCGCAUUCUGUUGAAUCACAUCAGGACCUGCAAAAAGGAAUUUCACUUCUCAAAAAAAGUGUGGCAUGUGUUACAGCAUAUUGUUAUAACUCACUAUGCCUAGAUGUACCUUCUGAAUCAUCAACAUUUGAAGCAUUUGCGAAGUUGUUGGGGACAUUAUCUUCUACUAAGGAAGCUCGUUCUGUCUUUUCUACGAGGAUGGCUGGGCAAAGAUCGUCAAAGCAAGCUGAGAAAUUGAACAAGUCAGUGUGGAAUAUGAAUUCAGCAGUUUCAUCAACUACUUUGAUGGACAGUACUCAUACAUUUCCAAUGAUGAGAAAUGCUUACGAUAGUAAUCUUCCAAGUUCUGCGGGCAGUUUUCUCUACGGCGCGGAGUUAUCUGAAAGUGGGAAGGGUGAAAACUCUAUAGAAGGGUGGGAUCUUAUAGAGCAUCCUCCUUUUCCUCCUCCGCCUUCUCAAAGCGAAGACAUUGAGCAUUGGACUCGUGCUAUGUUUAUUGAUGCAACUAAGAAGAAAUGAUCAGAUGGCUUUGAGGAGAAUGAAAUGCUGCUGCUUGGAUAACUAAAAAUUAUUCUAUAUGUAAAUUCUGCAAUGACCGACUCUCUCAUUCAUAUACAUAAAUCCAUAUUAUUAUUAUUAUAUCAUAUGGUAGCUACCUUUAGGUUUGUACAUAUUCCUUCCUCUACCGAAUCCAGCUAAAAGUAGCUGAUGGAUGGAUGAUGAACUAUGUCUCACUUACUCUUUGGAAGCUCAAUUUGUCGAAUGAACCUUGUUUAUGAAUUUUUCUCCUUGUUGUUGUCAUUUUAAUUUCGUUUGUAUCAGUUUGCUUUACAUAGUUUUAUUGUUCAUAGGUCUGAGUUAGUUUCAUGUAUUUAUUGUGGUUUGCUUUCAAGCCUGAAACUGCUUCAUCUAAUUUAUGCAGUCUUGCAGAGUCUGUCUUUACUUUUUUUGAAUGCAAAUUUUGAAUAUUUCUAGA